AUCUGACGAGGAAUCUUUCAGAAGAGGUGUAGUAUCGUCAGCCAGCUGGCUUAUAAUCAUUUCUUUACCAGCUAUGGAAAUACCUCAUGCGGGACUAUUAUUUAAAUAAUUUGUAAGAAGUUGGGUGAUUAAUAAAAAUAGAUACGGUGAGAUAAUUCCUCUCUUUAACCUAAUCUGAGGUGCCAUGUUUCAGUUCGAUAGAGCUGUUACCAUUCGUAUAGAGUCAAUAGCCUUACAGAAAGGGAGUGGAAGAUGAACUGAUGCUCUAUUGUGGAUUUUCUUAUUACUAAAGUAAAUUCUAAAACUUUCAACGGUGACACCCACAGCAACAGGGAGCCAGGGAGACAUGCAGUUAACCAAAUCCCCUACUCUAAUCUUGAACUAUAACUGCGACUUUAUUCUCAAAAUGUUGACUUGAUUCUCAAAAUUACAUUAAGAGUAUAUUCUCGAAAUAUUGCCACUUUAUUCACAAAAUUAAAUUUGGACUUUAUUGUCGAAAUAUUGCCACUUUUUUAAAGUACAUCGCUUCACUUGGCCCUUAUACCUAUUUAAGCGAACCGCCAACAAUACUGUCUUCUGUGAGAAACGCUCCUGACAGUGAUGCUGUCCAAUCGACGGAGACCAGUCGUAGAAAUCCAUCCAAUGGUAAUUCUAGGAGGGGCGGGAUCCUCAACCCAGCAAAGACAACAUUGUCGGUGUUGUAAUGAAUUAUUUUUUAACCCGAUACAACACACAUUUAUUUAGUUUAUAUUUUCCCAAUCGUUAUUUUGUCCUUAGUCGUUUUGCCCGCCAGUUUAAAAGAAGCCUGGUCGUUUAGGGAAAUACGAUUAGUUAAAUUUUGUCUCAAUGUGUUUGUUUCAUUUCGCUCGUGCGUCUUAAAACAGGAUUUCUUGUAAAUGUUUGCGAUGGUUUUGCAUUCUGCAGAUUGGUUGAUUCCGACUAGAUAUAAAACAAGACAGUCAUCAGUGGGCUAAACAGUCGUUUUAGGUGUUCUGGUAAGUAGACUAAAAUGUCUUGAAACUGUUGCUCAAUACAUUUGUUCUUAUGUGUAAUUUAAUCGUAGAAGUGAUUCAUUAGGGCAUAUAGCUGAUGAGCAAGUUUAAAGGUAGUUGAUACAUUUUGGAUGGUGGACAGUUGUUUUUUUCCACAAGCUAUUAUUCUAAAGGGAUUGUUGAAUAUUGCAGUGUUAUCAAGAGUUAUUAAUGUGUUUGUUAUUCAUAGAUUAAAUGGAGUAUUAUUAUAGGCUGUAUUUGUAUGAUUGUAUUGUCCAUUUAACUAGUCUGCAUCUGUCUGUCUGUAUCGACCCUCUCUUCAAUAUGGUGCAUCUUGUUUUCUCAGUGAUGGGGCGGGGUCCUGGUCAUAACCAUGAAGACCACGUCCUCAGGACGAACACUAUGGUUUGGCUCCCCAGCUUCCUGCAUGGUGGGUCUUCCAGCCUGGUGUCCACUCUCACCACCUUCCCCAUCUACAAGAUCGUGUUCCGCCAGCAGCUUCACAGCUUCACAGUCAGCCAGGCGAUAGGCCAACUCAGGAAGGAGGGUUUCCUGAAGCUCUACAGGGGUGUGGUUCCCCCUCUACUGAUGAAAACCCUGAACGGGACGCUACUUUUUGGAAUACAUGACGCUUUCCUCCGCUGUCUCUCCUCCAUCACCAACCCCUGCAGUGCCAUCCCUCUCUCCGCGUUACCAGCUGUGGCCGGGCUCGGCACAGGCAUCGUGGAGGCCUUGUUCUUCACGCCAUUUGAGCGUGUGCAGAAUGUGUUGCAGAACGGGUGCAACGACCGCAGCCUGCCCACCCUGAGGAGUGUGCUGGCCCGGCUGAGGACGGAGAGGCUGGGGACGGGGUACUACAGAGCCUUCAUCCCCAUAUUGGCCCGUAACACCCUGGGAAGCUGCAUCUACUUCGGUCUGAAGGACCCCGUCAGUGCUGCUCUGAGGGAGAAGGGGCUUCCUCCUAUGGCCUCAUCCUUCCUGUCAGGAAUGGUAAUCAGCUGCAUGGCGAUCAACCUGCCCCUGUAUCCUCUGUCUGUGCUGGUGGUCAACAUGCAGGCUGGGGUGGUGGGUGAGGCAGCGGGGGUGAGGGGGAGCUGGAAGGCACUGUGGGAAGGUCAGCUGAAGAGGAGCGUCCCCCUGCUGUACCGCGGAGGUUCCCUGGUUAUCCUCAGGAGCUGUAUCAGCUGGGGAAUCACUACAGCCAUCUACGACCGAUGCUCCGCACACUGAAACACAACACCUCAUUGCUCCAUUCCAGACAAGUCUGUGUCACAAAUUGCACCCUAUUCCCUUUGCAGUGCACUACUUUUAGGGCCUUGGUGAAAAGUAGUGUACUACAUAGGGAAUAGGGUGCAAUUUGGGAAGCACACAGGAAGAACUUCAUAGGGCGUAUGUCAAUAGUCUGAAGUGGCUUCCUUUCUCGUCUCUUUCUCUGUCUCUCUCUUUCUCUUUCUCUCUCAAUUCAAUUCAAUUUGCUUUAUUGGC